AUGGGGGAACGAGGACCGGAUCAAUGGUUGGAGCAAAUCAAGAAAUGCAUAGCUUUGUCGGAGCCGGACAUGAAGCAGCUUUGUGAGUUGGUCAAGGAACUACUCAUGGAGGAAUCCAAUAUCCAGCCAGUGCAGUCGCCCGUCACUGUAUGUGGAGAUAUCCAUGGCCAGUUUCAUGAUUUGCUAGAAUUGUUCAGAAUCUCCGGUGGGAUCCCAAGCGAAGAUAACCAGGCAAAUUUCAUCUUUUUGGGCGAUUACGUCGAUCGAGGGUACUUCUCGUUAGAAACGUUCACUUUGCUCAUGGUGCUAAAAGUGAAAUACCCUCAUAGAAUCACGUUGGUUAGAGGUAACCAUGAAUCUAGACAAAUCACCCAAGUCUAUGGUUUUUACGAAGAAUGUUUAACGAAAUACGGAAGCACAACGGUUUGGAAGUACUGCUGUCAAGUAUUUGAUUUCUUGACUUUGGCGGCGAUCAUCGACGGCAAGAUUCUUUGCGUGCACGGAGGCUUGUCCCCGGAAAUAAGAAUGUUGGACCAGAUAAGAGUGUUGAGCAGAGCACAGGAAGUUCCCCAUGAAGGCGGAUUCUGCGAUUUGGUCUGGUCCGACCCUGACAACGUUGAUACAUGGGCAGUCUCGCCGCGUGGCGCUGGCUGGCUUUUCGGAUCGAAAGUGUCACGAGAAUUCAACCACAUCAACAAUUUGCAGUUGAUUGCUAGAGCUCAUCAAUUGGUCAUGGAAGGGUUCCGGUAUCAUUUUAAAGAAAAAGAUGUGGUGACCGUUUGGUCGGCGCCAAACUACUGUUAUCGAUGCGGCAACGUUGCUAGCGUCAUGCAAAUUGACGAAGACUUGGAACCAAAUUUCAAAAUCUUUAGCGCUGUUCAAGACGGCGACUUGGCUGCUAAAAGCAACAAUACAAAACAGCAAAGGAGCGACUACUUUUUGUGA